AACGACCUUCCCACCAAACGCGCUGCACAACUUGUCAUGAUUCUUUGACGUUCGCGUAAUCGCAUAGAUGACAAAUCGCGUGUGAAGUAUAGAUCGUUUAACGACGAUAGUUUUGAUUAUCGCGAUAGCUUUUAUAAUUAUAUGUAUAAUGAUCACGUUAACAGUAACUAUGUUUUAUGGAAUGAUUUGUGCGUUUUGUAUUCUGAUUGUAUACAUAUGGCUCAAAUCUAAGGUUUGCAGAAGCGCGAUAUGGAGCAUGUUCAGGUCACAGGAAAAAUGUUUAAUAACUAUUACAAAGAGGAAAAAAACGAAAAGAAAACCGUCAGAUUCACAAAGGAGUAUUGAAGCUACCAAUCAUCUAUUGAGCACUAAUAAGUCAAAUAACACUAACCAGGAUCAUAUUAUAUCACAAAAAGAGCAAUUGUCCAUUUCAAGUAAUGCAUUGUCUAAUAUAACUGAAGAGGAUGUAUCCCUUAAUGUAUUAAAGAUUGCAAGAGAUGAUAUACAAAUUGAUACUGUGUUUAGUGGAAGACAAUCACCUAUACAAGAAGAUACAACAUGCAAUACUAUUACAUCCUCAAUAGAUUCAAUUUCUAAUGAUUCGUUGUUUAUUUCUAACUUAAACAACGAUAAUAGGAUUGAUAUAGAGUCUCAAAAGAAACAGCUCUACAAAGAAGAAGACACAUUAGAUUUACAGUGCUUUGCUGAAACAAAUAAUGUUACUUUGCUCCAAAAGAAACCUUGGAAUUAUGACCAUAUCUCAAAACCUAUAAAACAAACAAAUAUAAUAUAUAGUUCUAGAUCCAAAGAAAAUCUUUUAACUCUUAAAAAUCAAUUGGAUAUUAUCAGAUCAAACAACGAUAAUCAGGAUAAUAUCAUAUUUCAAGAAGAACAGUUAUUUGAAACAGGAAAAAGCAAAACUUUAAAUACUAUAUGCCAGGAAGAUAUUGUAACUACAAGUUUGAUUGAUACUGUGCCUCAAGCACAUCAACCAAUUGCAGAAGAUACAAGUGGUCAUUUACUAUACCACAAGAACAUUGCAGUGACCUAUUAUUUUUCUCCUGAAGAGUCAGAUAACCAGGAACCAGUUAACUUAAUAAAUUACAAUUCACAGGCUGAAAUUCAAUUUAAUAAAGAAUAUAAUAAUCAGCUCAAUAAACAGUUCAGUAAUCAAACGAAUAAACUGAUCAUUGAUUCUUUAUCCCAGCAAAUAUUUUUAAAGCUAUCACUAUUAAACAAAGGUACAACACGUGUGUUACCAACACUACAGAUACCUACAAAAAUAGUGAGGAAAGAAGAAAGAUCAAAUCAACAAAGUUCAAUAAAAUUGUCAAUAGACAGUUCUAAAUAUAAAGCCGACAAGAUGCUGAAGAGAGUAAAAAUUAUAAUUGUUGGAGCAGGUGCAUCUGGCAUUGCAGCUGCCUCAAGACUAUUGCAAGAGGGAAUAAGUGAUUUUGUAGUAUUGGAAGCUAAUGAUAGGAUUGGUGGCAGAAUAAACACUGUUGAUUUUGGUGAUAAUGCGGUGGAUCUUGGAGCUCAGUGGGUACAUGGUGAGACAGGAAAUGUGGUUUGUGAGCUUGCUUACAAGUAUAAUCUCCUGGGUUCAUUCUGCACUUUCUUUGACGCCAGCAAACACGAGUUUUUCACCAUCAAUGGAGAGAGGAUACCCAAGGAAGAAAGCGUCGAAGCUCUCACGAUUUAUUAUGACAUGAUGAAAGGAGCACCUGAUGAGCUCAGCAUAACAGAUGGGUCUUUUGGAGAUUAUUUCAGAAAGAAAUUUUACCAGGUUUGUACGAAAAAGACUUUCGCAAAUUACAAACGAAUUCCACAAUUUUUCUCAUGGAUGGAAAAGGCAGAAUGUUCCAUAGAAUGCAGCGACUCAUUGUCUGACGUUUCCGCCAAACGCUUGGCGGAUUACUGGGAGUGCAAGGGCGAUAGUGUGCAGAAUUGGAAGGAGCGCGGUUACAAAACGCUCUUUGAUCUUUUAAUGAAAAAGAUCCCGAAUGAAGAAGAUAGCUUGCCAGUGAUGGAGAAAAUAGAAUACCACAAAGUCGUAACAACUAUUGAUUAUAGUUCCGAGGAAAAUGUUACAGUGACAACUAGUGAUGGUUGCAAGUACAUCGCAUCGCAUGUUAUCUUCACCGCGUCUCUAGGUGUUCUAAAGAAGAAACAUUCCACGUUAUUUAUGCCAUGCUUGCCCCCGAGAAAGAAACGCGCGAUAAGGGGAUUAUCUAUCGGAACAGCCGAUAAGAUUUUCAUGGAAUUCCCAUACAAAUGGUGGUCAGAAGAUACCAUCGCCAUCAAUCUUAUCUGUCUUGAGGAGAAUAAGAAGUUGUUCGUGCAAAAAUAUGGCGAAGAAUACCAGUGGCUCUGUGACGUGUUCUCGUUUUACACUGUUGAUUAUCAGCCGCGUGUUUUGUGUGCUUGGAUAGUUGGAAAAUACGCUAGACAUAUGGAAACCUUAUCGGACUCUGUCGUGUCUGACGGAUUGUAUCGAUUAUUGCAAGAAUCGAUCGGAAAAUAUUAUGACGUCAUACAACCGACAAAAAUAUUGAGGUCCAAAUGGUUCACAGAUGAACAUUUCCAAGGCUCUUAUACCUUCCAAAGCAUGAACACUGAAGACCUGAAUGUAACACCGAAGGAUUUGGCUGAACCAAUCGUAAUAAAAGGAAAGCCCGUAAUUCUCUUCGCCGGAGAAGCCACACACGAUCAUUAUUAUUCCACUGUGCACGGCGCUGUGGAAACUGGUUUCCGCGAAGCAGAUCGUUUAUUGGAUUUUAAUCAGAGAAAGCGCGGUUGCUUAGAUCUACUGGUUCAAAACAUAAACAAGAAGAUGCGUUUAAACGACGAAACGAUGGAUGAGCCGAUGGAAACAUAUGAUGAGAGGACGAAAAUCGUGAUAGUAGGCGCAGGAAUUGCGGGGAUCGCAGCAGCUGCAACACUACAGAAAGCAGGAUACGAUUUUAUCAUUUUUGAAGCUCAAGAUAGAAUCGGAGGCAGAAUUCACUCUGUUCCGUUGAAGAACGGCUGGAUAGAAUUCGGGGCGCAAUACUUACACGGUGAUAAAGGCAACCUGGCAGAUUAUUGCUACGAAAAGAAUUUAUUGUCAGACUUUCAUGGCACAGACGGCGAAGGAUUAUAUUUACGUGAUAAUGGAUGCGCAAUUUCGGCGGGUACAAUCUUGGCGUGCGAAGUCAACGAUAACAUAUAUGAUACUCUACAUAGCGGCGAACAAUUUUACCAAGCCAAAGAUGCCAAUGAUUAUAUAUCGAAGGGUGAGAGUGUCGGCUCCUACCUAAGAAAAAAUUUCGACCAGUAUUUAUUCGAAUGCAACGAUCCUCCACAAAUCAGAAAGAUGAAAGAGGAAAUCUUCGAUUUUAAAAUGCGAUAUCUCCAAGUGGACAACAGCUGCGAUUCCAUGUACGAUUUGUCUGUGAAGAUGUGGGGAAAGUAUGAGACCUCCGGAAGUGACAGAUAUCAGAUGUUCAAAGAAGGUUACAUAUCAAUAUUGAAUAAUCUGAUGGAGGAUAUAAGCUCGGAAAAGUUGCGAUUGAACUGCCCUGUGAAAUCUAUUCGCUGGCGUGAUUCCAUCGAGUCUCGGAGCGAUUCAGCGAUCCUCUUAGAAACCUGCCAAGGGAAGCGAAUUUUGGCUGACGCCGUCAUUGUCACCUGCUCGCUUGGUGUUCUGAAACAUGUCCACGAGGAGAUGUUUGAUCCACCGUUACCGCGCUCUCUGAGUCGUGCCAUCGAAAAUCUCGGUUUCGGGGUAGUUAAUAAAAUCAUCCUGCGCUACGAUGCACCUUGGUGGUAUCCUACCGUGACUGGUUUCCAAAUAUUACCAAACCACGAUCGACCUGAGUUCGAACCAUUGCCAAAGUGGACCACGUAUAUCACAGGAUUCGACGUUCUACAUAGUCAUAAAAAUAUAUUAGUAGGGUGGAUCUCAGGGGAAGGAGCACGUGCCAUUGAGCAAAUCCCCGAAGAGACAGUCAAAUCAAUCGUCACGACGUUGUUGUCGCGAUAUAUGAAUCGUCCAAUUCCUUUACCAGCAGAUUGUUUCACGAGUAAAUGGUUUACUAAUGAGUACAUUAGAGGAGGUUAUUGUAACAUCACGACAAGCUGUGAAACCGCAGGUGUCUCAACGACUACGUUGUCCGAGCCGGUCUGGGCGAAAGUAAAGACCGAUCCUUUAGAUCAGAUUCCGGUCCUACUGUUAGCCGGCGAGGCCACGCACGAUCAUUACUUCUCGACAGUACACGGAGCUUAUGAGACUGGAAUUAACCAAGCCAACCUAUGUGUGCUAUUCCACAAAGAUUCCAUUGGCGGUCUGUCUCACGCUCGGUUGGGUUUUCUCUCAUUAGAAGACCAGCAAUCUGGUAUCACAGUUGCCAUCAAGACCAUAAUACGACAUCCGAAGUUUACUCCACCCGCGAUGUACUCUGAUAUCGCUUUAAUGGAACUUAAAAACGCUGUCAUAUUUGGCGAAUUAAUACGACCAGCUUGCCUCUAUCAGCAAUAUGAUGUCCCUAGGGCUGCUUGCGUCACUGGCUGGGGUGCUACUGAAAUUAUUGGAGAUCAGUCCGACAAAUUGCGGAAGGCUAAGCUGAACUUUAUAGACAAUCUGGCGUGCACGAUGCAGCAUAAUAAUUCCAGAGAGGUUCCGCAUGGCAUUACGCCGAGCAUGAUCUGCGCAGGCGAUCCUUUCGGCGGUUGGACCAAGGAUUCUUGCCAAGGUGAUUCUGGAGGACCUUUGCAAAUCAGAUAUCAGUGUCUUUUCCAAGUGAUCGGUAUCACUAGCUUUGGUCAGGGAUGCUCCAUCAUCAACUCUCCUGGCGUUUACACUAGAGUUUCCCAUUAUCUACCCUGGAUUGAGAAUAUCGUCUGGCCAUAAGGGCAAUGAUCAUGAUUCGUUUAGCUUUUCAAAA